GGCAUGGUGGGGGAAGCGGCGGAAAGCGCCUGCGAGGAAAGAUGGCGGACGCCUUCGGGGACGAUCUGUUCAGCGUGUUCGAGGAAGAUGCCUCCGCCUCGGCCGCCACCUCGAAGAAGACGAAGGGAGCCCCCGAGCCAGCCGCUGGCCCCGUGGGCACAGCUGGAAAGCGACCAGAGGGCAAAUCCGCAGCGCCUGCUAAAUUUCCAGCAAAAAUAAAACGAGAGGAAGAGGCUGAUAAUGGAGACAUUGCAGUCUUGGGGAAGAAACCAAAGUUGGAUGAUUUUACUGCGGAAGAUAUCAAUUUGACCGACCUGAUGCCGAAAGUAAAGGUGCAGGCAGUAGAAACUGUUGAAGGCUGUACUCAUGAGGUUGCUCUUCCUGCGGAUGAAGAUUUCAUAGCCCUUAAGCCAAGAACGGGGAAAGCUGCAAAGGAAUAUCCAUUCAUUCUUGAUGCUUUUCAAAGAGAAGCUAUUCUGUGUGUGGAUAACAAUCAUUCGGUUUUAGUGUCUGCUCAUACAUCAGCAGGAAAAACAGUAUGUGCAGAGUAUGCUAUUGCAUUGGCUUUGAGAGAGAAACAGCGUGUGAUCUUUACCAGUCCAAUUAAAGCUCUAAGUAACCAAAAAUAUCGUGAGAUGUAUGAAGAAUUUCAAGACGUUGGUUUGAUGACUGGAGAUGUCACCAUCAACCCUACAGCAUCUUGCCUUGUAAUGACAACAGAAAUUUUGAGAAGUAUGCUUUACAGAGGUUCUGAGGUCAUGCGUGAAGUUGCCUGGGUCAUCUUUGAUGAAAUUCAUUACAUGAGAGAUUCAGAACGUGGUGUGGUAUGGGAAGAAACCAUUAUUUUGCUGCCAGAUAAUGUUCAUUAUGUGUUUCUUUCUGCCACCAUUCCAAAUGCACGCCAAUUUGCCGAAUGGAUAUGCCAUCUUCACAAACAGCCUUGCCAUGUGAUCUACACAGAUUACCGGCCUACUCCUCUGCAGCACUAUAUCUUCCCAGCAGGGGGCGAUGGACUUCACCUUGUGGUUGACGAAAAUGGUGAUUUUAGGGAAGAUAAUUUUAAUACAGCAAUGCAAGUACUUCGAGACGCUGGUGACUUAGCCAAAGGGGAUCAAAAAGGCAGGAAAGGAGGAACAAAAGGUCCAUCCAAUGUAUUUAAGAUUGUAAAGAUGAUUAUGGAAAGAAACUUCCAACCUGUCAUAAUAUUCAGUUUCAGUAAAAAAGAUUGUGAAGCAUAUGCACUUCAAAUGACAAAAUUGGAUUUCAAUACAGAUGAAGAAAAAAAGAUGGUUGAAGAAGUGUUUAAUAAUGCAAUUGACUGUUUAUCUGAUGAGGACAAAAAACUGCCACAAGUUGAGCAUGUGCUGCCUCUUCUGAAGCGUGGCAUUGGAAUUCACCAUGGAGGUUUACUUCCUAUUCUGAAGGAAACAAUAGAAAUACUUUUCUCUGAAGGACUGAUAAAGGCAUUAUUUGCAACAGAAACGUUUGCAAUGGGAAUAAACAUGCCAGCAAGGACAGUACUAUUCACAAGUGCUCGGAAGUUCGAUGGGAAGGACUUCCGAUGGAUCACCUCAGGGGAAUAUAUUCAGAUGUCUGGUCGUGCUGGCCGCCGUGGCAUGGAUGAUAGAGGAAUAGUAAUUCUUAUGGUGGAUGAAAAGAUGAGCCCAUCCGUUGGAAAACAGCUUCUGAAGGGAUCUGCAGACCCUCUGAACAGUGCUUUCCAUUUGACGUACAACAUGGUAUUAAAUUUGCUGCGUGUGGAAGAAAUUAACCCAGAAUACAUGCUAGAAAAAUCUUUUUACCAGUUCCAACAUUACAGAGCAAUUCCAGGAGUUGUUGAAAAGGUGACUAAGUUGGAACAGCAGUACAACGAAAUUGAAAUUCCAAAUGAGGAAAAUGUUGUCAUCUACUAUAAAAUCAGACAACAGCUUGCUAAACUGGGUAAAGAAAUAGAAGAAUACAUUCAUAAGCCAAAAUACUGCUUACCGUUUUUACAGCCAGGAAGACUAGUAAAGGUAAAAAAUGAAGAUGAUGAUUUUGGCUGGGGAGUGGUGGUAAAUUUCUCCAAGAAGUCAAAUGUGAAGCCUAACUCUGGUGAACUGGACCCACUUUAUGUCGUUGAAGUCCUCCUGAACUGCAGCAAAGAGAGCCUGAAAAAUUCUGCGACAGAGGCCGCAAAACCAGCAAAACCUGAGGAGAAAGGGGAGAUGCAGGUUGUUCCUGUUCUGCUGCAUCUUCUGUCAGCAAUCAGCAGUGUUCGGCUUUAUAUACCAAAAGACCUGAGGCCUCUUGAUAAUAGGCAGAGUGUACUGAAGUCCAUACAGGAAGUACAAAAGCGAUUUCCUGAUGGAGUUCCUUUGCUGGAUCCUAUUGACGACAUGGGCAUUAAAGAUCCAGGUCUGAAAAAAGUAAUCCAAAAAGUAGAAGCCUUUGAGCACAGAAUGUAUUCUCAUCCACUUCACAAUGAUUCUAACUUAGAAACUGUGUAUAAACUUUGUGAACGAAAAGCACAGAUUGCUGUAGACAUAAAAGCAGCGAAACGGGAACUGAAGAAAGCUAGGACUGUUUUACAAAUGGAUGAGCUCAAGUGUCGUAAACGGGUUUUGAGAAGGUUGGGUUUUGCAACCUCUUCUGACGUCAUAGAGAUGAAAGGACGGGUUGCUUGUGAAAUUAGCAGUGCAGAUGAACUGCUGUUGACGGAAAUGAUGUUUAAUGGGCUAUUCAACGAUUUAUCUGCAGAACAAGCAACGGCUUUACUGAGCUGCUUUGUAUUUCAAGAAAAUUCCAGUGAAAUGCCCAAACUCACAGAACAGUUGGCAGGCCCCCUCCGCCAGAUGCAGGAAUGUGCAAAAAGAAUUGCCAAAGUAUCAGCAGAAGCUAAAUUGGAAAUUGAGGAGGAUACCUAUCUCAGUUCUUUUAAACCAAACCUGAUGGAUGUGGUGCACACAUGGGCCAAUGGCGCUACAUUUGCUCACAUAUGCAAAAUGACAGAUGUAUUUGAAGGAAGCAUCAUUCGAUGCAUGAGGAGGCUAGAAGAGUUGCUUCGACAAAUGUGCCAGGCAGCAAAGGCCAUUGGAAACACAGAACUGGAGAACAAAUUUGCAGAAGGCAUCACCAAAAUCAAGAGAGACAUUGUAUUUGCUGCAAGCCUUUACCUAUAAGAGGUGUUUUCCUGAAGUGGUGUUGAUAAAGAACUUGCAUCUAUUCUGCAACUGAGGCUUCAGUAAACAACCAUGAAGUAUACGUUAACCAUCAAGGCUACCAUUCCUUCAUCUUCAAGCAAGAACAGCUGCUUAGUGUCAUUACUUGUAUGUAUUUUGCUGUAAGCCUCAUGCUAACAAAGCAUUUUACAUAUGCUAUUGCUGUUUGUACAUAAGCAUUACCACAUUAUUUUAAUUAAAAAAAGCUGGAGUACUGUGUUUUUAAAGCAAAA